AUGCAAGAGAGUGAAGAAGCAUCAGACAUUCACAUGGGCGUUGAAGGAAAUAUACCUGAUACGAACCUGGAACCUGAUGAACAGGCCAGACCAGCCCAAAAUGCAGAGCCCCCACAAGACCCUGCUCCUGCCCCACCAGCUGAACCUCAAGUGCAUCAAAGCACACACAUCCACCAACCGGCCCAAUAUAUUCGCAACCUGUUAAGAAGAGAAGGAUCAGUGUUUGGAUCAAAUGAUAGAGCCUUACUUAAGGGCUUCCAGAUACCAGCAGUGGGCAGUGAAGCUGAUAGAGAAGUUACGGAGGACAAUGACUUGAGGGAACUGGCAGCAAAUGUUGCUAUGACAGUAGUGAUGGCAGAUCUUGAAGGUGUCGAACCUAGAACAGUUGAAGAAGCCCAAAAGCACCCAGAUAGGCCAAAAUGGGAAGAGGCAAUCAAUGAGGAAUUGAACAGGCUUUGA